GCUCAGAGCUUUAAUAUCCCACAGAGGAGAAAAGGAAACAAGGCAGUCUUUUUUGUUAGAGAUUAGGUCUGAGCGCACCUUUGUCUGAAUGCAGCUUGAUGAGGCUCAAUAGCAGCAGAUUUAUAGACCUACAGCUACACACCUUGCAACCCUUGAACAGCAGAGCAAGUUUUCACGGUGUAAAUUGGUUAUGAAUCCAGUAAAUGAAAACAACUGCACCCGUCGAGGCUUUCCGUUUCUUCUUUGGUCUGAGGGACUGCUACACUUUCAAUGCUUGUGGAGUUUAUUUCUGAGCAUUACGAAGAUUUUAUUAGCAACAUAUCAUGGACCUGUGAAACGCCUGGACGCCAAGGAAACUAAAGGAGUGAUGCUGGACUCCACCUGCUGGACUGAACUUGUACCUGAGGAAAACCGGACAGAUGCAGAAGCUCCAACCUACAGCUUCCGGUGUGAAGCUGGACACUUUGAAUGCAGCGUCUCUGGUCUGCGUUGGGUCUGUUCAGAAAAGGUAAUUUUUAAGUACCGGUUCUGCUCCUGGGACGGACACAUGGAGAGGAUAGAAAGCAGAGGAUACAUGCCUGCAGGUCCUAUGAUGGACAUCACCCUCAUUACGGGGAAGAUGAUGGAGGUGUUCCUGCCACACUGGAUCUGUACUGAUGACAUCCCUAAACCUUUGGACUGGUUUGCAGUCCUACACAUGGACGACUGUGGAGACGCUGUGGAAAAUGUCUCUGAGGUCUCAUCAGCACAUGUCAAACUAUCUGAACCCAUUUUCUCUCCGAGAGCGGUGCUGAUGAAAGUCGGCCUUCCUGUGAAAAUCAGCUGCAACGUGUUGAUCUAUCAGACCAACACAGCUUUCCUCACACUGCAUGUUUACCUCAUCCCACGGGAUCCAGGGUUACAGCAGAAAAUGGACCUGGAGGAAACUUACAAUGGAUACAAAGUGAUCCGAAAGCCAGACCCAGAGAAGUCCCUGAAAAUAAAAGAUUAUUUCAUCCUCACAUCAGAUCUGGGUGCAGCAGAAGUUUCUCCUAAAACGGGAAUAAAACUCAGAUAUCCAAGAGGAGAGCCAAAUUUCUUUGAGGUGUACGUUGAAAAUGCAAACAGGAACUUCAGUCUAAUGCUCAGACCCGACGGAGAGGACCAGCCAGUGUGGGAGUGUGCUGUUCGAAAAGAUGAGUAUCAAAGCAGUGGCCAGGCACAAGAGAAGCAGCGUUCAGAUGAGCAUCUGUCUGCAAUGAUGCAAAGAGCAGCGGCAAUCACAUCAGACAAGGAGAUGCUUUUGAAACUGUUGAAUGAUCUGAAACAACAUGAGCUUAAAGAUUUCAAAUGGCAACUGAAGAACAGAGACGAGAGUUCAGGCAUCCCAAGCAUCCCAGCGAGUCUACUGGACGAGGCAGAUACUUCCGACCUGGUGGAUCUGAUGAUGAAGACCUUCACCCAACAGGCCGUGGAGGUCACCAAAGACAUUUUUAAGAAAAUUAACAGGAAUGAUCUGGUGGAGAGGCUUCCAGACACCAGAUCAUGAUCUGAAGGUCAGGCAUCACAGGAGAAAUGGCACAGACUGAAAUGUUGUAAAGGUGGCCUGGAUUUGUAGCUUCCUGGGCUGGAUUGGAUUUUGUUGAUCAAGUCGGGUGCAGGUAAAGUAAAAAGCCUGCAAG